AUGUUUGCGGUUACCAUAAUUCUAGUGUCACUAGCAACUAUAUACACUAUUUUGAAACUACUCAAUUACCUCAAAACUGUUCCUGAUCUUUAUUUACAACAACAAUCAUACCCUGACCCAACACGUCUACCAAACGAGUCGCCUAUAUAUCAUUCAACCAAAUCACCAACAGGAUUACGUCUUGGCCUUGACAUUCGAUACGACCACUACAAGAUACGCAGGGGGAACUGCAAUGAUAUCUGGGAGAUCGCAAUGAGGAAGCAGAAGGGAAAUAGAGAAGUCGAGGGAGGAAGAGCUAACGGUAUCUAUAUCAGGGGUAAGUUUGUUGAAUUUGCAACCAUCAACUACUACAUAUCGCAGUGGGAUAAUUUCAAAUAUGAUGCAAUCAACAUACCAGUGGAUCACCAAGUCGAUGCACACUGGGUAAUUGUGGUUUUGAUCUGUCUCAUUAAGCAAGUCCCGCUACAAUUUUACGAUGCCAAAUUAAAGCCCGAAACCGGUACACUCAUCUCCGAGAUCAAACUCCCCCCACCACAGCAAUCACACGACUUUAACAAUGUGUAUUCAGUGGAGAAAGAUAAGGGAAUAGCCAUCGAGUUUCACAAAGUGGUGAAGUUGGGAAUUGACGUCGUUGUCAAAUUCACGCAAUUGAAUCUAAUUAGCGCUGUUGCAUCUUCAAUCAAGCAUUUGCCAGCGGAGUACAACGCCACGGGUAAAUCAAUGACAAUUGUACCAUCUUCCGAUUUUGCUGGUGUAUCAAACACCAUUGUCAAGUUGUUGAUGGCAUUUGUAUGCCAAAUGGAGGUGCACAUUGAUGAAACACCCAGGUUCAACACUGAAAUAACGUGCCUUCCCGAAUCGAAAACAUUAUUGACUGACUUAUCAUGGAUACAAAACAUCAAAUUGCAAUUUCUCAAAAUGGGGAUCUUUUCACUGACAAAACUAGCCUAUGUCCAUUCUUCCAUUUCCCACCCCAGACUAACGUCAUCACAACUCAACCACUUGCGUAUACUCACAAACUCCCACGUCAUCCGCGAAUACUACACUUACAACAUCAUGGGCCCUUUACUAACCACUGACUACUAUGAAUAUCGUACGUAUACUCGCCAAUUUGGGGCGAUGCCCCAAUCACUCGAAAUGAAGGUGAACAACUUGAGUGGUGAUGGAGUAGGGAAUUUAUUGGUGAGGGGGUACACCAUAGGUAAAUCUACAAACUACUUGAAUGGAGUAGAGCAGCAGCAACAACAAAAUGCGAAUUCGCAAGGAGACGGGUUCAUGCCAGUGAAUGCGAGAGGUAAAUGGGGUACUGAUGGGUGUUUCUACUUGAUAUAA